UUCCAUAGGAUUGUGGUCCGUGAAGCUGAGAAGUGCAGCCGUGGCAGUGCAAAGCACUUGAGUCUCUAUCCUAGUGAUUACUCCAGAAAACUGGAGGAGCUACCAUCUGUCCAUUUGGCUGCGGGUUUCACAGAGAUGGAUCAACUUUCAGAGCUGAUAGACAAAGCCUUGGUAAACUAUGCUCUUCUCUACUUGAAAGCAACCAAGUCUAUAUAUAUUCAAAUGUACAUAUUUACCAUUAGACAAGCCUUGGUGAGGUUUACACUUUGCAAUUUUAGUACAACUUUUUAAUGAAUCCAUCAAGUCCAUUGACCAUGCUAUAAAAAUAUUCUAUUUUGUGAGGUUUAAAUUUUCAUGUGAAUGUGAAUUAUUUCAGUCUCAUGGAGUAUGGUACAUCAAUGCUCUGACCCCAGGCAAUCGUCCAGAUGAUUCCCAUAUGGUGCAGCUCAUUCAAGACUUU